ACGGGAGUGUUGGGUGUUGUGUUUUUUUAUGCUGUGGUUGCUGUUGUCUCAAGUUGCAAUGAUGGUCUGAUGUGUAGAGUCAAGGUCAUCUGAAGGACCUUCAUACUGAAGAAGAAAUCAUUGUUCCUUGGAUUUCUUACUCCAUUGCUCUAGUUGUGAUUUCAACUGAUCAUUUAUUUUGUCUUUCAUCUUCAGGUCAGUUUGAGAGGGAGGACAGUGUAAUGUCACAGGUUCGUGGAGGUGGGGUUGACCUCUGUGAUAACCUUCCCAGUCCCGAUGCUCUCACUGCCCAAACUCGAAACCUCAACGAGACGAACACACUCACACAGACUCAAAGUCUCCCUCCUUCACAAAAUGAGGAGGGAAGAAGGUGUGGCCUCAUCCAAAGAAGCCCUCUCAACAACAAUGGGAAGGAAGAGGAGGAGGAGGAACAGGGAAAGGAGGGUGAGGAGGAAGACAUUGAUGCAGUGAUGGAGGAAGAAUCGGAGGAAUCAAGUUGUCUAGUUCGCUGCCAGUCUCCAGACACUCCCAUGACUGAUUCCUCAUAUUCAGAAACUGGCAGUCUGUUGGAGACCCCAUAUCCUUUCAGCCCUGGGACAAGUCCAGAGCCCACUUCCCCCGUCAUUCCAGUGCUCAGUCCAGAGACUACGUAUCCCAUCAGUUCAGUGAUAUUGAGCCAGAGUGAUGUUAAAGUGGACUCUCAAAUCUCCAACACUGGAUCAGGUGCCUCCACCACAGGGUCCAUUACCUGCACACAGGGACCUUCCUUCACCACGGGGCCUAUGGAUUCUACUUUACAGACUUUAACCUCAGGCACAUGGCCUACCAGCCCAGCUGGGCCUACAUGUAUCACAGAAGCUACUGACAGAAUAGCAAAAAAUACAAACUCCACUACAGAACAACUUACCUCAUCCACAGAGCUCGUCUUCAGCGGUGGGCCCACAUGUACCAGAGGGUCUGCCACUUCAUAUGCAGAGACAUUUACAUUAACUGCAGCAACAGAGACCCUUACAUUCACCACAGGGCCUACAACUACCGGGACAGAACCCACUUCCACCACUGGAUCUGUAUCUUUAAAUCGGGAACACGUUACCUCCCCUCCAGUGACCACUUGUUUCUCAGUCUCCACCUGUGCCACAGGGCCUAUUCCAAGCCAAGCUCUGCUAGAGUCUCUUGAGCAGUUGGCACAAAAAGGAGAUGACGCCCGUCUUCCACAUUACCUUCACCAGAUUGCUGAGGCCUUUGUCCUUCAUGAAGACUACCAGAGAGCAUUAUGGUGCGUCCAACUAGAGCGACUCUAUCACCAGAGAGUACUGGACAACCUGAAUGCACUUCAAGAGCAGUGGGAAGGUCAGUGUAGAAGGUCGUCUUCUCACCUGGCAACCCAACAUCUGGACGCUCUUAAACACAUCUGCCAGACGCACAGUCGACCAAGGAGUGGAGAUGCUGAGUGUGAAUCUCUGGACUCUUUGAGACCUACAUUUGAAGAAAGUGGUGCACUGCCCUCAUGCACCACAGCCCAUCAGGUUGAAGGAGGGAUGGAGCAGAGAGCCGAAGACUCCUCUUGUCCAGUCAUACCCUCCAUUAAUUUGCCUGAUAGGAUCAGUUCCCCUGAGAUCUCAGUAAAGGACAGGGAAGACCCAGACAGUUUCCACGGAUCCCAGCUGACUGACAAGCAAGGCAAUGACAGAGAGGGAGGAGAGGCAGAAGGGGGGGUGGGAUACACCAUUUCAGCCCUAGAAAAUGGACUACACCCCUCUACAGCUGGAGGAAUGGAUCAGUCCAACCCUGCAGAGCAGCAGGGAGAAGAUUUAGGUCCAGCACAGGAAAAGGAGGCAAAAAAGGAAGAGGAGGAAACGGACGUAGAGGAGGCAGUGGAGGCUUUGGAGAUGGAAGAUGAGGAAGAGGAAGAAGAGGAGGAGGAGAAGAUGAAAGAAAGAGGCUCUCCUUUUGCUCAGAAAGCUGUCCCAGUGGAGACUUUGGUUAGUGGGGCAGAGUUUGAGACACCACCGCUGCACCAGGAUGCUUUGGCUCAGGAGAAGCUACAUGAGGACACCCAGGAGAGCACUAAAUCCUGCCUUCACCAGGAGACACACCUUCCUCAAGAGGCUCAUAUGAAGCAGCAGGAAGAGCGCGUGGCGGAGAAGGAGGAGGACGAGGAGGAGGAGGAGGAGGAAGAGGAGGAAGAAGAAGAGGAGGAGGAGGAGGAGGAGGAGGAGUAUGAAGUAAGCCAAGCUGACAUCAUUAGAGAAGCUCCUUCGUUGGACGACAUGGCGAAGCUCAUCACUGUAGAGGAGCUCUCUCCAGCCUCUGGCCUGGUGUCCAUACUGAAGAAGCGAAGCGUUUGUGUGGACAAAGAGAGCGUGUCUGCCAGUCCAGAGCCCCGACCUGAGAAAACCACUGCCAAAAGGCGCGUCCGUUUCAAAGUUCCUGAUGACAGUUAUGACCAAGAUGUUGGCGGUGGGGACUCGUGCCUGCUUCUCUUCCUGCUUUGUCUGGUUACUGUAGUGAUCAGUGUGGGUGGCACUGCCCUUUACUGUGCUUUGGGUGAUGCCCAGUCCUCAGUCUGUCAGGACUUUUCCAGAAAUGCAGACUUCUACAUCGGCCAGAUACAGCGUGGGAUAGCUCAGAUCCAACACUGGUUUGGCCCUGGGUCAUAGCAGAGAGCAGUUUGUCAACAGUGUGGAGCCACUCGUCUUCGUGUUCAUCACUGUAGGUUUCUGCUACUUCCUGGAGCAAUGUUUUCUAAAGGUAAUGAUGCCAGGAGUGAAGGACAGUUGGCAUUUGAAAGCCUGGCCUACUGCAUUUUUAAUGCUCUUUGAUACAAUUCCAGGGUUCACUCAAAGUCAUAGGUCUGAUGUCUCUUUACAACACUAGUUUGUUCAGGUAAAGCAGCUCAGAGACAGAAAGACUGUAAAAUGGAGCUGUCUCCAUUUUCUGUAGCAGAAGAGGAAGAACUGACCUGCGCCGCUCUUGAGCCGGACCAGAUUUAAUAAGUUAUAAAUUCUCUGCUAGGUUUAGAAAUUCCUAAUGUGACCAAAGUGUCACAUUGAGCUCGCUAUGGCUGUGAUCUACGCUUCACAGGUCAAUCAACCAUGACUGGAUACUAACUCACUGACCCACACUGGCCUCCAAGAAUACACUCCCUCUGUUAGGUGAAAGAACUCAGUAAUAACCACUGCAGCACGUGGAAAUCAAGAAAAAUAUACAUAUAAUGUAUAGUUUGUUAACUAGGGAGCACACAGAUGCUCUGUCCAUACACUGCACAAAUGGGAAGAGGCCCAAAGAGUAUUUUACAAACUGCUGCAACCGCUGGUGUUGCUUUUAUUGUUACCUUUUUUAAAUAACUAAAGAAAUUUUAAAAUGAUCAAACCAUUCUGUGGUCUUGGAAUGAAAUCAUAAUGUCUUAAUCAUGUCUUAAACUUUAUAAUGAAUGUUUGGAGUUUAGUGGUGAAGUAUAGGGCAUCUGUGUAUUGCCAGAAAACAUUGAAAGGGUUAUUUUGUUAUUUAUAGUAAUAGAGCUGCCAGUAGCAAACAGUCACAUCAAAUAUGUUCUGUGGGGG